AGACGUUUGGAUGGAGUGAAGAUGGAGAUGUACAGGAAGGGGUCACAGACUUGAGCUCGGCCCGCUCGAAGGGCCCGACGUUCCCGCCGACUUGCCAUGCGAAGCGAGGGAGAGAAGCCAGGUGCGUUGAGGAGUACAUGGCACCUGCCUCGGCGCUUGACCUCCCUGGAUGUCCUCAUGGCAAGGCGAUCGACCGGCCGCUGGUGGAGCCAGUGGGUCAUGAAGAUGCAGGAGAUGACGAUCGAUGUCACGGGCCUAUGAUGCAUUGCAUUCUGCGAGGAGGAGUGCUCAGGCUCUCCUUCUUUUUCCUCGGCAUGAUAACCUCAGGCCCCUUCUUCGUGGGGUUCGGUAUCCCCCUGCUCUACCCCACCAAUCCCUCUGGCGGCAUCUUGUACGGAACUCAACUUAGCGACAAGGCCGACGAGAACGUGCGCGGGGUUCGGAGGGAUGGGCACCAGCGCAGCAGUCGCUGCUGCUUUGAGGACAAGCCCCGGGGGUGGUGCGACCGGAUCCUCUACGGGUUCAACACCAACAACACCAAGUACACAUGGCGGGAGUACGCGAGGAUAGACACGGAAGACACGAGCAGGAGCGACCAUGCCGCAGUCUUGGGCCUCGUCGACCUCUCCUUCCCUUAAAUCAGGAGCCUCUAGUUCUGUAGCUGUAAGUAGAUCUAUCAAACAUCGC